GACGACGACGGCCGUGGGAGGGAGGUCCAACGGAGAGCGCGAGCCGGGUUCCUUCCUGCCUCGCGUCAACGCUUUCAAAACCGUCGCCGUCCUCGCUUUCCCUCCACAGUUCGUUCGCUCACCUUCCCCUCCAAACCCAAGCCUCGGCUUCUGGUCUCACACCCUCUCUCUCUGUCGAGUCUUAUCCUCUCCAAUCCCGCGCCGCCCUCGUAUAAGUAGCGUGCGCUCCGUCGCGCUAACCAUUCGGAUUCCCACCACCCCAACACGGCACGAGCGCGCGCUUAAAUAUAUGUCUCCAAGAGCUUCGCUGCACGAACGCCGAGGAGCUUGCGAGGACAGGGCAGGGCGAGGGGUGCGCCAAGAACGGCUGCUGUUGGUUGCGUAAGGGAGGAGCAAAAGGUUCUUUGAAGAGAAAGGGAAGGAGGGUGGUAUCGAUGGCGGUGACGGCGACGACGGUCGCGGCGGCGAUCACGAUGCUGGCUGCGGUGGCGGCGGUCUUCCUCACCUUCGUGCUCUGCUUCUACGUCUUCCUCUGCGCCAAGCAGUACCGGGGCGGGGCGACGUCGGGGGACGGCGUGGCGGCGUGGCUGCGCUUCAUGUUUGGCGGUGGCGGAGGCGCAGGGGGAGGGGGAGGGGGAGGAGCGGACGGCGCCGUCGCGUGGUGCUACGAGGGGGGACUGGACGAGAAGUCCAUGGCGAAGCUGCCGCGCAGGGAGGUGGGCAAGGGGGAGGCGCUGGACUGCGCCGUCUGCAUCACGGAGCUCGCCGCGGGGGAGACGGCGCGCGUGCUGCCGCGGUGCGGGCACGGGUUCCACGUCGACUGCGUAGACAUGUGGCUCCGGUCGCACUCCACCUGCCCGCUCUGCCGGUGCCCCGCCGUGGACGAGCCGCCCGCGCCGCCCGCCGUGCCCACGCCGGAGGCCGAUCCGGAGUCCCCCAACUUCCCCACCAACGUGCUCUUCUUCGGCUCCCAGGACGAGGUGAGCACCGGUCGCGCGCAACAGCAGUCGCCAGCCUUGGCGACGCUUUCCCCGUCGCAAGAGCAGGUCGCCGGCGUCGCGGGUGAGGCGGCACGGGCGCUCGGGCUGCGGAGGCUGCUUGGGUGUGGCGGCUUAUCGCCGCCCCCGCAGCCGCCGCAUCAUCAUCAUCACUAUGUGGACGCGGACAGGGACAUCGAAAUGGGACUCGCCGCCGGCGAGAGUAGCGCGUCGCGGCCGGUUCAGCCGCCGCAGCCCGGUUCUUGAGGAUGCGGAACGUGGUUUCUUUCGUGACGUCACAAGUUUUGCGAGUAUCUCGGUUUCUUCUGUUCACCGCGUUUGUAUUUUCCUAUAGAGAGAGAGCCGGAAAAAAUGUACAGAUUCUUAUAGCCGUUUGAUGUAAAUGUCUCGUGUGGAUCGAAAAACAAUUUGAAAAGUUUGGAUACAUUUCUCUUGUUUUCUUCUUACCA